AUGGAUUGCAGGUCUGUGGCCAUACCAUUAGCAGCAAAUGAGAAGUUCAGAAAAAAUGAUGGAGAAAAUAAAGCUAAUAGCUCACUUUAUAGGAGCUUGAUUGGAAGUUUGCUAUAUCUUACUUCAACAAGGCCUGACAUUAUGUUUGUUGCUAGUUUAUUAUCCAGAUUCAUGCAAGAACCAAGCCAAGUGCAUCUUGGAGUUACAAAGUGUGUUCUACGCUACUUGCAAGGAACAAUGGAUUAUGGGAUAAUGUACAAAUUUGGUGGGAAUUUGAACUUCAUUUGUUAUUCUGAUAGAGAUUGGGCUGGAAGUAUAGAUGACAUGAAGAAUACUUCUGGUUAUGCUUUCUUAUUUAGAUCAACAAUUGCAAUUGCCAAGAAUCCAGUCAACCAUGAAAGAUCAAAGCAUAUUUUCAUCAAGUAUCAUUUUAUCCGAGAAACACAAGAGAAAGGCGAAAUUCAGUUGCAUUAG